CCCAAAGGGCGGGAGUUUGGGGGCAGGGUCUGGGAGCCAUCCUUGCAGCGGGCUCCAGCCCCGGGUCCGGGUUUACGGCUGCUGUUGUCUCCCCCAGGAUGAGGAACUCCCCAGGAAUCCGCGGGAGCUGAUCGCGCUCAAGAGGAGGCGGGAGUACCACAAUGGUUAGAGACCCCAAGGGAGCAAGCAGCUUCUGACUGCAUAGGGACCUGUGGGCUUGCUAUCUGGUGCCCUCAUGGAGACAGGAAGUCCUGGGUUGAACAACAUGAAGCCCCAGUCCCUGCAGCUGGUGCUGGAAAAGCAAGUGCUGGCACUACAGCAUCAGAUGGCAGAGAACCAGGCAGUCUCCUGGCGGAAGCUGAAGAACUCCCAGGAGGCCCAGCAGAGGCAAGCAACCCUCGUGAGGAAGCUGCAGGCCAAGGUGUUGCAGUACCGGAGCUGGUGCCAAGAGCUGGAGAAGCGGCUGGAAGCCACCGGAGUGAGUGAGGGACUGAUCCCUCAGCGGUGGGAAAGUGUGGAGGAGCCAAACCUGGAUCAGCUACUAAACAGACUGGACGAGGAGCAACAGAGGUGUGAGAAUCUAGUAGAAGUGAAUACCCACCUUCGACUUCAUAUGGAAAAAGCUGAUGUAGUGAAUAAAGCCCUUCGGGAAGAUGUGGAAAAAUUGACAGUGGACUGGAGUCAGGCCCGGGAUGAGCUAAUGAGGAAGGAGAGCCAGUGGCAGAUGGAGCAGGAGUUCUUCAAGGGCUAUCUGAAAGGGGAACAUGGUCGCCUUCUCAGUCUGUGGCGGGAGGUGGUGACCUUCCGACGCCACUUCCUGGAAAUGAAGUCAGCUACUGACAGAGAUCUUACGGAGCUAAAGGCUGAACAUGCAAAGCUUUCAGGAUCCCUGCUAACCUGUUGUCUGCGCUUGACUGUGGGGGCACAGUCUCGGGAAUCCAGUGGAUCUGGGAGAAUGGGUGAGAGUGAGCCAACCCAGCUGCUGCUGCUAGUAGCCAAGACCCAGGAGCUGGAGAAGGAAGCUCAUGAGAGGAGCCAGGAGUUAAUACAGCUGAAGAGCCAAGGGGAACUGGAGAAGGCUGAGCUUCAGGACAGGGUGACUGAGCUCUCUGCUCUUCUGACCCAGUCUCAGAAGCAAAAUGAAGAUUAUGAAAGGAUGGUAAAAGCUCUGAGAGAGACAAUGGAGAUACUGGAGACAAAUCACACAGAGUUAAUGGAACAUGAGGCAUCUCUCAGUAAGCAUGCCCAAAAGGAGAAGUUGUCUUUGCAGCAGUUGAUCAAGAAUAUAACCCAGGUAUUGGCUUUGGUAGAAGAAGACAGUAUGGUCCAAGACUCUGGUCGAGAGAACUCCUUGGAAUUGGACUCUAGUGGCUUCUUUUGCCAGUUUGAUCCACAGGACCCAGACAAGGCUGUUACUCUGGUAUGUUCAGUGCUGACUCAGAGACGACAGGCUGUGCAGGACCUACGGCAGCAGCUUUCAGGCUGCCAAGAGGCUAUGAGUGUCUUGCAGCAGCAGCACUAUCAGUGGGAGGAAGAAGGCGAGACCCUGAGACAGCGGCUGCAGCUGCUCACAGGCGAGCGGAACACACUGGCAGGGGAGACUGUGGGCCUCCAGGCAGAGGUGGACUCCCUCAGCAAAGAGCGAGAGCUCCUGCAGAAGACCAGGGAAGAGCUGCAGCAGCAAUUAGAGGUUCUGGAGCAGGAGGCAUGGCGACUGCGGAGGGUGAACAUGGAGCUGCAGUUGCAGGGGGACUCGGCCCAAGGGGAGAAGGAGGAGCAGCAGGAAGAGUUGCAUCUGGCUGUCCGGGAGAGAGAGCGUCUUCAGGAGACACUGGUGGGCCUGGAAGCCAAGCAGGCAGAAUCACUCAGUGAACUGAUCACGCUUCGGGAAGCCCUGGAGUCAAGCCGCCUAGAAGGGGAGUUAAUGAGGCAAGAGCAAGCAGAAGUGACCGCAGCGUUGGCCAGGGCAGAACAGUCCAUUGGAGAGUUGUCAGGUUCUGAGAACAGCCUGAAAGCAGAGGUUGCUGAUCUUCGGGCUGCAGCUGUCAAGCUCAGUGCCUUAAAUGAGGCUUUGGCUUUGGAUAAAGUUGGGCUGAACCAGCAGCUUCUCCAGUUGGAGCAGGACAACCAGUCCUUGUGCAGCAGGGUGGAGGUGGCGGAGCAGGCAAGAAGCACUUUGCAGGUGGACCUGGCAGAGGCAGAGAGGACCAGGGAAGCCUUGUGGGAAAAGAAAACUCAGCUAGAGGUCCAGCUGCAGAAAACAGAGGAGACCAGAGGUGAGCUACACGUAGAGCUCAGGAGCAUCCAAGAAGAAAAAGAAGAAAUUACAGAGAAAUUAAAUGAGUCUCGGCACCAGCGGGAGGCAGCCAGAGCUCAACUGCAGCAGCUACGUCAGGAGGUAGAGCGACAGGAAGAAGUGCUUGCCAUCACAGCCCAGGAAAAGGAGGCCCUGGUUCGGGAGAGGGCAGCUCUCGAGGUGAGGCUCCAGGCUGUGGAACGGGACCGCCAGGACCUCUCCGAACAACUUCUGGGGCUCAGCUCAGCCAAGGAGCAGCUAGAGAGCAGUCUGUUUGAGGCCCAGCAACAAAAUUCUGUGAUAGAGGUCACCAGGGGGCAACUGGAGGUCCAGAUUCAAACUGUCACCCAAGCCAAGGAAGUAAUCCAAGGGGAGGUGAGGUGCCUGAAGCAGGAACUGGACACUGAGCGGAGCUGGGCAGAGCAGGAGCGGGAUACAGCAGCCAGACAGCUGGCCCAGGCAGAGCAAGAGUGGCGGGCAGCCCUGGAGCAGCAGAAGGCAGCCCACCGGGAGGAGGCGAACCGGCUCCAGGAGAAGUGGGAAAAAGAGCGCUCCCAGCACCAGCAAGAACUAGACAAGGCUCUGGAAAGCCUGGAGAGGGAAAAGAUGGAGCUAAAAAUGAGGCUGAGGGAGCAGCAGACAGAAACAGAGGCCAUGCGGGUCCAGAGAGAAGAGGAACGGACCCAGGCUGACAGUGCGCUCUGCCAGAUGCAGCUGGAAACAGAGAAAGAAAGAGUGUCCCUCCUGGAGACACUGCUACAAACCCAGAAGGAACUGGCAGAUGCCAGCCAACAACUGGAACGGCUGAGGCAAGACAUGAAGGUUCAGAAGCUAAGGGAGCAGGACACCACUGGGAUGCUUCAGACCCAGCUCCAGGAGGCCCAGAGGCAACUGAAGGAGACAGCUCAGCAGCACAGAGACAACCUUGCUGCCCUCCGAGAAGAGACCAGCACCCUGCUACAGGAUAAGAUAGAUCUCCAGAAGCAGGUGGAGGACCUAAAGUCUCAGCUGGUGGCCCAGGAGGAUUCCCACAGGCUGGUGGAGCAAGAGGUUCAGGAAAAGCUGAGAGAAGCCCAGGAGUACAGCCAAAUUCAGAAGGAACUGGAGAGGGAGAAGGCCAGCCUGACUCAGUCACUUGUGGAAAAGGAACAGAGACUCCUUGUUUUGCAAGAAGCUGACACUGUUCAACAGCAAGAGCUGAGCUCCUUGCACCAGGACAUGCAGAAAGCCCAGGAAGGGCAGAAGGAGCUCAGUGCCCAGAUGGAAUUACUGAGGCAGGAGGUCAAGGAAAAGGAGGCUGACUUUGUGGCCCAGGAAGCACAGCUGCUGGAGGAGCUGGAGGCCUUGCGGAUCACGGAGCAGCAGCUACGAGCUUCCUUGUGGGCCCAGGAGGCCAAGGCCACCCAACUGCAGCUGCAACUGCACAGCACAGAGAGCCAACUGGAGGCACUGGCUACUGAGCAGCAGCCUGGGGCCCAGGCCCAGGCCGAGGCCCAGCUGGCUAGCCUCUACUCUGUUCUGCAGCAGGCCCUGGGGUCUGCCUGUGAGAAGAGGCCUGAGCUGAGGGGUGGGGGAGACUCUGCCUCCUUCCUCUGGGGCCCUGAGCCAGAUAAAAAUGGAGCUAGGAGCCUCUUUAAGAGUGGGCCCCUCCCGACUGCUCUCUCAGCUGAGGCCGUGGCAUCUGCUCUGCACAAUCUUCACCAAGACCUGUGGAAGACACAGCAGGCCCGGGAUGACCUGAGGGAUCAGGCCCAUAAGAUGGCACAGCGGCUAACUGAUGCCGAGGCUGAGAAGACCCAGGUCCACUCAGAGUUGCAGGACCUAAAGAGACAGCUCUUCCAGAGCCAGGAAGAGAAAUCCAAGUGGGAAGGAAAACAGAAUUCCCUAAAAUCUGAGCUGAUGGAACUUCAUGAAUCUGUGACAUCCUUAAAGAGUCACCUUCGGCAAGCAGAGAUACAGAGAAUAGAAGCCCAGAAUGAGCGAGAGUUGCUUUGGGCAGCCAAGGAGGACCUGACAGCCCAGGUGGAGCAUCUGCAAGCAAGUGUUGCAGAAGCCAGGGCUCAGGCAAGUGCUGCUGGGGUCCUGGAAGAAGAUCUGCGAACGGCUCGCUCAGCACUGAAAUUGAAAAACAAAGAGGUGGAGAGUGAGCGAGAGAGAGCCCAGGCUCUACAAGAGCAGGGCGAGCUGAAAGUGGCCCAGGGGAAGGCUUUGCAGGAGAAUUUGGCUCUGCUGGCCCACACCUUAUCUGAGAGAGAAGAGGAAGUGAAAACUUUGCAGGGAGAAAUCCAGGAACUGGAGAAGCAGCGGGAAAUGCAGAAGGCUGCUCUAGAACUGCUGUCUCUGGACCUGAAGAAGAGGAACCAAGAAGUGGAUCUGCAACAAGAACAGAUUCAGGAGCUAGAGAAGUGUAGGUCUGUCUUAGAGCACCUGCCCAUGGCAGUCCAGGAGCGAGAGCAAAAGCUAACUCUGCAGAGGGAGCAGAUCAAGGAGCUGGAAAAGGAUCGGGAGACCCAGAGGAAUGUCUUGGAGCGUCAGCUUCUGGAGCUGGAGGAGAAGGCCCAAGUAAUUGAGUCCCAGAGAGGACAGAUUCAGGAUCUGAAAAAGCAGUUGGUAACUCUGGAAUGCCUGGCCCUGGAGCUGCAAGAAAGCCAUCACAGGCUGGAGAGCCAGCAGAAGGUGAUUGAGGAGCUGGAGGGCCAGCGGGAGAUGCAGAGGGUGGCUCUGACCCACCUCACACUGGACCUGGAAGAAAGGAGCCAGGAGUUGCAGGUGCAAAGCAGCCAGAUCCAUGAGCUGGAGAGUCAUAGCACCAUUCUGGCAAGAGAGCUGCAGGAGAGGAACCAGGAGGUGAAGUCCCAGGGUCAGCAGAUUGAGGAGCUGCAGAGGCAGAAAGAGCAUCUGACUCAAGACCUAGAGAGAAGGGGCCAGGAGCUGCUACUGCAGAGGGAAAGGAUUCAGGUCCUGGAAGACCAGAGGACACGGCAGACCAAGAUCCUAGAGGAAGACCUGGAACAGAUCAAGCUGUCUUUGAGAGAGCGCAGCCGGGAGCUGGCUUCUCAGAGACAGCUGAUGCAGGAGCAGGCAGAGGAAGGGAAGAGCCCUAGUAAAGCACAUCGAGGGAAUCUGGAGCACAUGAAGCUGAUCCUGCGGGAUAAGGAGAAGGAGGUGGAAUGCCAGCAGGAGCACAUCCAGGAACUUCAGGAGCACAAGGAUCAGCUGGAGCAGCAGCUCCAGGGCCUGCACAGGAAGGUGGGUGAGACCAGCCUGCUUCUGACUCAGAGAGAGCAGGAGAUAGUGACUCUGCAGAGUCACCUGCAGGAAGCCAAGGAACAAAGGGAGCUGAAAGAGCAGUUGCUUCAGGGUCAGCUCGAAGAGGCCCAGAGAGCCCUGGCCCAGAGGAACCAGGAACUUGAGGCCCUGCAGCAAGCUCAGCGGCAGACCCAGGCCCAGGAAGAGAUCGUGAAGGAGAAGGCCAGUGCACUCCAGGCAGCUCUGGAACAGGCCCAUGUGACGCUGAAGGAGCAUCAAGGGGAGCUGGAGGAGCACAGGGAGCAGGUGCAAAGGCUCCAGGAAGAGCUGACAGUGGAAGGACGACAGGUACAGGCCCUGGAGGAGGUGUUGGGAGACCUAAGGGCUGAGUCUCGAGAACAAGAGAAAGCUCUACUAGCCCUUCACCAACAGUGUGCCGAGCAGGCACAAGAGCACGAGGCAGAAGCAAGGGCCCUGAAGGACAGCUGGCUGCAGGCAAAAGCCACACUCAAGGAACAGGACCAGGAGCUGGAGGCUCUGCGGUCAGAAAGGCAGUCCCUCCGGCAUCAGGAGGCAGUUCUGCAAGAGGCCUUCAGCAAGGCCCAGGUUACGCUGCAAGAGAAAGAACAGUGUCUUCUUGAGCAGACAAAACUGAGCCACAGCCUGGAGGCAGGCACUGCCACCUUGCAGGCCGCCCUGGAUGCCUGCCAGGCUCAUGCCCAGCAGCUGGAUAAGACCCUGAGAAUGCGGGAAGGUGAAAUCCAGGAGCAGGAUCUCCAACACCAGGAGGAUGUGCAGCAGCUCCAGCAGGCCCUUGCCCAGAAGGAUGAAGAGCUGAAGCAUCUUCAGGAACAGGGGCAGUUGCUGGAGAAGUGUCUGGCCCAGAGGAGCCAAGAGAAUGAGGUCCAAGAGAAGCAGAGUCUGGAGCAAGAGAAAGAGGAGGUGAGGGACCUUCAUGAGAGCCUAAGGGAGCUACAGCUGACUCUAGCCCAAAAGGAAGAAGAGAUCCUGGAGCUUAGAGAGGUCCAGCAAAGGAAGAACUUGGCGGCCUCUCCUCCCAGCCACAAAGCCUCCCCAGUGGAGGAGUCUUCUCCAAAACUGAAUUGGGACUUGGAGCGACUGCAAGUAGCCCUGAGACAGACAGAAGCCAGGGAGAUUGAGUGGAGAGAGAAGGCCCGAGACUUGGCACUGAACUUGGCUCAGAGCAAGGCCAGUGUCAGCAGUCUGCAGGAGGUAGCCAUGCUCCUACAAGCCUCUGUCCUGCAACGAGACUCAGAACAGCAGAGGCUGCAGGAGGAGCUGGAGCUCGCCAGGCAGGCUUUGGAGGAAGAACAGCUCCACGGCCUGCGCCCAACCAGCAGAGCAGAGCAAAGUGCGCAGCCCAGAGAGGUCUCAGGAGUGGAAGCUGAGUCCAAUUCUGGGAUGGAGGAGAAGCAGCCAUGGAAACAAAGGCUGGAACACCUACAGCAAGCAGUAGCCUGGCUGGAGAUUGACCGGAGCAGGCUGCAGCACCACAACGUCCAGCUUCGGACCACCUUGGAGCAGGUGGAACGAGAGCGGAGGAAACUGAAGAGAAAUUCCAUGCACACAUCCCAGGCAGAGGCCCUAGAGGUCAGUGAAGCCAUGGCCUCUUCACCCACACAGGAGAAUGGACAAGGAGGACAGAGCGGCUCCUCAGACACCAAGCAUAUGACUGAACUGCAGAAAGAGGGAGAGGGCAAGUACCUCCAGCCUUCAGAGAACUUCAAGCUCCACAGGAGGCAAGAAGGGCUACAAUCCCAACUCUUCCUGGAGCAUGUCUACAGCAGGUGGCCCUGCUGCGGGCCCAGCUGGCCUUGGAGCGAAAGCAGAGGAAAGACUACAUCGCUCGCUCAGUGCAGACCAGCCGGGAGCUAGCAGGCCUGCACCACAGCCUGUCCCACUCCCUUCUCACAGUGGCCCAGGCCCCUGAGGCCACUGUCCUGGAGGCUGAGACCCGAAAACUGGAUGAGUCCCUGACUCAAAGUCUGACAUCUUCAGGACCAAUCGUGCUACACUCCAGCCCCAGCACUCCGCAGGGUACCCCCAGGUAGCAGCCACAGCUAGGGCAGGACACAGGCCAGCCGGCUGGAACACAAAGACACAGGACUAUAGAGAAGGUCAUGGCCCCUCCACACAGUGACAGGUGUGCCAAAGGAAAGAUCUGGCUCUGUUAGCCCACCUGGGCCCCCAGGUCAGCUGGCAUUCAAAGGAAGGGGACAGAAACCUGCACAGCAGGAGAGGGCCCCAGCUCACGUGGAAAUGAGGCGCAUCACGUCACUAACCUCUAGAGUCACCCAAGGAGCACCUCCCACCGGCCCAGGGUGUCUGCUGUCAGAGCCUGAUGAAACCUCUGCAGUACACACUAGGCUGGGAGGCUUCAGUGCCACCAACAGCAUGUGGAUAUCCUCGUGCAGGCUAUCGGCAUUUGAUGCGGUAAGUGUAGGGAAGUUCAUUGCCCUCUUGUCAGGAACUUACUGUCCCAGCAGUUCACCUUCAUGUUUCCCUUCAACAAUAAACCCAGGCUCUUUGUAUUAGUCC